ACGUGGUAGCCAUGCCCUACCCUAUGGGACAUAUUAGCGGGUCGUCCAUUUUGCCUCUACAGCUAUGUCUGGGCGUAAAACUAAUCAUUUAUAGUGACUUCACGGUUGACCUACUGUUCCGGUCUAUUGAGAAAUAUAGGAUCACUUUUUUGCCGACUUUCCCCUCGUUUGGUAGGAAACUAAUUGAAGGCGAUUUGUGUCAGAAAUACGAUUUGUCAAGUCUUAAGGGGGUUAAUACAGGAGGUGCUGCAUUUCCGGCAAAUAUUGCACUGGCAAUUAUAGACAGAUACCAGGUUCAAUUUCGUGAAGGUUACGGAAUGACAGAAUACCUGUUCAUAUGUCGGGGCACUGCUGUCGACCAACCCUACAUCCCUGGCAGUGCGGGUCCCGUAUCUCCGGGCACUGAACUAAAAGUGGUUGACUUGCAUACCGGCGCUACUCUGGGACCCAACACAGACGGGGAACUCUGUGUUCGGGGAAACAAA